UUGAAACCCUAGCGCUGUCCCGUGGUUACUCAUUCCUUGGCAUCCAUAGCAGGCGGCGGAGCAAAGGAAGGAGGCAGUGAAACAAAAUGCCGGCUGGUCACGGGCUGCGCUCCAGGACGAGGGAUCUCUUUUCGCGGCCAUUCCGCAAGAAGGGAUACAUUCCCCUGACAACCUACCUGCGCACCUACAAGAUCGGUGACUACGUCGACGUCAAGGUGAACGGCGCCGUCCAUAAGGGUAUGCCCCAUAAGUUCUACCACGGCCGCACUGGCAGAGUCUGGAACGUUACCAAGCGUGCAAUCGGUGUCGAGAUCAACAAACAGGUUGGUAAUCGUAUCAUCAGGAAGAGGAUUCAUGUUCGUGUAGAGCACGUCCUGCCUUCUAGAUGCCAGGAAGAUUUUCGUGCGAGAGUGAAGAAAAAUGACCAAUUGAAGAGUGAUGCGAAGGCACGCGGUGAGAUCAUCAGCACUAAGAGGCAACCUGAAGGCCCUAAGCCUGGCUUCAUGGUGGAAGGUGCCACAUUGGAGACUGUCACACCCAUUCCAUAUGAUGUUGUCAAUGAUCUUAAGGGUGGUUAUUAGUCUUUAUACUUCCAUUUUGAUUCUAUUGGUUUUGCGCAAAACUUUAUAUAUUCAUCUAAAAUAGUUGUGUUGGCUGAACUAGUAUUGUCAACUUUUAUGUAGUCUGAGAGACCUCGUUGUGUUCUUUUCAUCCUUAAGAGUUUGAGACAAACCUAUGGUGGUGUGCUCUUUCCCUUUCA